GCAAGACUCAAUAUGUUGCCAUAGCAAUGGCUGACUUUUAUGAGCAGACCCACCCUCGACCAUGUGGGGCCUAGUAUCAAAACCAAAACUACCGUAGUGACAUUUUAUUAAGGACAAAAUUUUAAGUAAUAAGUAAGACAAGAUGACGGCAAGUGUGCACCGCGGGGCGGAUACCGUCAUGUACUCGCAACUCCAGCCCUGGAGUCAGUGCGGGGCCCCACCCUGCAUGGAGAAGGUGGUGGGUCCUCCCAUACCGGACCGCAUCGCCUCUUUCUACCAGACCCCCCGACCCCAUCCCUGGCGCCCCACCCUGGGAUACGAGAACGUCGAAGUGGUCCCGAUGCCCAGCCUCCCGGUGACCAACGCCCUGGUGGACCCGUGCUACACCCCGUGCGGCAUGGCCACCGAGCCGCUGCGCUUCCCCAACCUGGUGACAGGCAACGCGCGCAACCCGCAGCACGCGGCGCGCGCCGCCCUGUACACGCGCUACACGCCCUUCGAGUGGGCCAACUCGUCGCUCAACCAGUACAACGAGGCCGACACCAACCGGAACUUCUCCGAGCGGCUGCGAUGCGAGGCCAUGCGCGUCAUGAAGGAGACGGAGGAGAAGACGGCGGUGGCGCAGCGGGAGUCGGGGCGGCGCUUGGGCGAGCGCAUCACGGACACCACCUUCUGGCGCAAUGAGGUGGCCACCGAGCUGGAGAACAUGCUGGCCGAGACGAGUCGUCUGCAGGACACCCGGCGCGCCCUCGAGAAGGCCAUCCAGGACUGCGAGCCGCCGCUGCACAUCGCGCAGGAGAACCUCUACCACCGCGAGGGCCGCCACGGCAUCGACCUGGUGCACGACCAGGUGGAGCAGUCGCUGUUGUCCGAGGUGGAGCAGAUCCGGUCGUGCCAGUGCCGCCUCAAGCAGCUGCACCAGCGCGUGUGCGACCAGUUGCGCUGCAGCCGCGCGGCCCAGCAGGAGCUCGAGCUGGACGUGAAGAGCAAGGAGAGCGCCCUCGGCAUCGACAACGUGGCGCACACACUCAACAACUUCUCGCGCGGCAUCAACUACUACGGAGGCAUAGAGAAAUACGACAACACGUUGACCACGCCCGACUCCUGGGCCGAGAACAGCAACCGCAACUGCCAGCGCUCGCAGAACGAGCGCAUCAAGUCGGCGCAGUUACGGGCGGACGCGGACAAUCUCAUCAACACCUGCUCCAACGAGAUCUGGAACUCGUGGGGCUCCACCAACAACGCCUUCAGCAGGAGAGUCGCAGAGACGCUGGAGGCCAAGGGCAAACUGCAGAUGCACUUGCACAAGGUCCAAAAGGAGAUCUUCGACGAGGAAAAGAACAUUGAGCUCCUGCGCAAGGCGAUCAUUGACAAGAGCAAGCCGCUCAAAGUGGCGCACACCCGGCUCGAGGGGAGGUCCCACCGCCGGGCGGUGGAGCUGUGCAAGGACGACGCGUACAACUCGCUCGUGCUGGAGGUCCAGGAGCUGGAGCACUCGCUCAACCAGCUUCACCGCAAGCUGGAAGAGGCCGAGGCGCAACACCAGCAGCUCCUCUACACGCAGAGCAACCUCGAGUCAGACCUGCGACUCAAAGUCAACUCGCUGUUUAUCGACAGGGAGAAGUGCAUGGGGAUGAGGAGGAGCUUCCCCAUCAAUGCCACCAUCAAGUACUGAGCACAACCAACAGCCACGCCGCCCACUCUCCUCUCCUUUCCGGUCGGUAAUCAUCUCAUUGUGCUAGCUAGAGAUGGGGAAAGGAGAGACGAGAUAAUUUGUCACAGCUGGUAUUCUGCCUCUUUGACUGAAAAGUAGUUGUGUCGAGAUUGCUAAUCCCUAUGGCUUCUUGCCUUGUCAUACAAUUGACAAUUCAGAAUUUCCUCCGAAAAAUUUCCACAGAAGUUUGUAAGGACAGGCAAUCAAAGCAGACAUAAUUUUGUCAAAGAGCUCAAGAGUAUAUA